GUGUUUCUGAAUUCGCCGCGCUGUUGUUCGUGUGAAUUCGCCCCGAAAAAUUGUAAAUUGUUGGAGAUUACACUGUAAUCGAUAUAAUCGCUGUAGCCAUCGAUGUUUCUCCAGCUCUAGAUUACAGGAAAAUUACAAAAAUUUUAAAAAACUCAAUAUUAGCAUCUCGUGGUUAUCUUCGAUUUGUUGUAGGCCCCUAUCCAACGCCACGUCGCAUCAGAUAGAAGCAGAUUCAAUUGGUUCUACACUGCAACUCCAAACAAAUACACACACACGCCAGGUUUUAGGUGAGCGAGGAGUGUUUGUUAGUGGUUUUUUUUAGGUGAGGAGUGGAGUGGAGAGAGAGACGAGAGGGAGAGGCAAACAAGAUGAGCACCUCGAAUGCAAACCAAAGCCAACGCCAGCGUAUGAUCCAGGAGAAAUGUCAAACUCUUCUUACCCAAAUGCUGCGCGAUGAGGAUAACAAAUAUUGCGUGGAUUGCGAUGCGAAGGGUCCACGAUGGGCUUCGUGGAAUCUUGGCAUGUUCCUAUGCAUUCGGUGUGCUGGUAUCCAUCGGAAUCUCGGUGUUCAUAUUUCACGAGUAAAAUCAGUGAAUUUGGAUACAUGGACACCGGAACAGGUCAUCUCAUUGCAGCAAAUGGGCAAUUCGCGUGCUCGUGCCGUCUAUGAGGCACAAUUGCCGGAUGGUUUCCGUCGCCCGCAGACAGAUACGGCUCUGGAGAAUUUUAUACGUGCCAAGUAUGAGCAUAAAAAGUAUUUGGCUCGCGAAUGGGUGCCACCUUCGCCACCGAAAGUCGAUUGGGGCAAGGAAAUCGAUGAGGAAUUGGAGCGACAGAAACGCAAAAAGAAGGCCACCGGCGGCUUGGGUGGUGGUGGUAGUGGUGGAGGCGGAGGCGGAGGCAUCAGUGCACUGGGUUCAACGGGCGGUGAUAAACGUUCUUCAGCUACAAAUAGCGGCAGUACGACAACAUCCACUGCCAAGCAUACACCACUGCCUGCACCAUUGCCCAAGCCGAAACCUCAUCAAGUUGGGGGCGGCGGAGCAGGUUGCAGUCCAAAGACUAAUCUACGAAAUCCUAGUAGCAACAAUUCCAGUGCCGUUGCCAUUGAAAGCGAUCUCCUGGGUCUGUCGUCUCCCACAAAGCCCUUGGCUGGCAGUGGGAAUGGCAGUGGUUCUGCCAGCCAAGAUCUACAUAACGAAAGUUUCACCAGUUUCCUCAGCGCCGGCACAUGUGAGCAAAUUAAUGGCAAUGCGGGAGAAGCUAUUGCCAACGCCUUAGCGUCACCCUCGUCCAGUACUAAUCAAGCCAUCAAGCCCAGUUCGUUGGCUCAGGAGGAGCAGGACUUCUUCAAUCAGGGUUCACUGUGCGGUGGCACUGGUGAGAAAGAUCAGGCCGGCAAGCUCUCUAAGGAUAGCAUUCUGGCCCUCUAUGGCAAUGCACCGACUGGCCACAAUCCACAAAUGAGUUUCGGUAGCUUCACGGGCAUGGCACCCGGUGGCUAUGUGCCCCAGCAGCAGCAGCAACAACAGAUGCCGCAUCAGUUCAUGACGCCGCCCAAUUCAGUUAGCAUGUACAAUGCGCCAGUUAUGGCAGCUCCCAAUGCCUUUAGUAAUGCUUCCAUGGGCAUGGGAGUGGGUUUCCCGGCUGCAGGCGGAGCUGUUGUCGGCAGUCCAUACAAUACCCUGCCAGUACAAGGAACAGCAGCGAAUCUUAUGCAGACUAACCAGAGCUUGAUUAGUGGUGGCAUGAAUUGGUCUCCGCAGCAACAACAACAGCAGCAGCAGCAGCUCCAUCCGCAAUUGGCUGGCCUUGGGAUGAAUCUGCUGCAACCAAUGGCAAGUGGCGGAAGUGCGGCAGCUGCUUCUAACCUUGGCGGAAUGAAUCCCAAUGGUUCGAUCCCCUCAUCAAUGACAUCAAAUCUGAAUCAACAAUUCGGCAACUUAAAUAUCGGUAAUGUCUGGCAAUAAACAACCCAGAGGCUAUUGCUUCUGGCCACCAACAACAAUAUUCCUUUGUGUAAUUGUUUAAGACAUAAGUAAAUUCAAUUUAUAUAUACAUAUA